UGGCUUUAAAAUGUGUUACAGCACUCUGCUUUCCUUUGCACGGAGAAGAUAAUAUGGACCCACGCUGAGGAUCUGUUCCCAUCGAUUUAGCAAGUAUUUCUUCGCUGGAAAGAGGAAUCACUUGAAUGAAUUAGGUCUAUUGAGUCAGUGGAUGUUGACUGGGACAAUGAAAGUACAUUUACUGCCGUUGUUUAGAGUAUAUAUCCAGUAAUCGGCAAGAAAUUACAUUUUAAAAUGUGAACAAACCAGCAAACUAGUAAUGAUUUAUGUUUCGUUACAUUAGUGGGCUAGUCAUUGCAUUCAGUUGAUUUUAAUAGUAAGGGACAGCAGCUACAUCACUCAAAGAUGGAUGAAGUGAUUAUGGAUCAGAUCAUGUAUGUUGCUCAUCAAGCGGUGUCUUGGGUCGCAUCUGUUGCCAUCAUAUUUGGAGGGGUUGUGCCAUACAUCCCUCAGUACAGGGACAUCCGCAGGACCCAGAAUGCUGAGGGAUUCUCCACAUAUGUGUGCCUGGUGCUGCUGGUAGCCAACAUAUUAAGAAUACUGUUUAGGCUUGGACGUUACUUCGAGACUCCGCUGCUUUGGCAGAGUAUAAUCAUGAUCAUCACGAUGUUAAUCAUGCUGAACCUGUGCACCAGCGUCCGCAUGGCCACUGAACUCAACACCAAACGCCGCUCCUUCACAGACUUUGACUGGAACUACUUCUGGUCUUGGAGUCGUUUUGUGGAUUACCUGCAGUGUGUGCUGGCAUUCAUGGUGCUGGCCGCCUAUGUGACGUAUCUGCUACUGGACUCAGUUCUGUUCGUAGAGAGCCUGGGUUUCCUGGCCGUAUUCACAGAGGCCAUGCUGGGAACUCCACAGCUCUACUGCAACUACCGGAACAAAUCUACUGAAGGCAUGAGUAUUAAGAUGGUGUUGAUGUGGACCAGUGGAGACACUUUCAAGACAGGCUACUUCCUGUUGACUCAGGCUCCCAUGCAGUUCUGGAUCUGCGGCCUCCUUCAGGUGUGCGUGGACUUCGCCAUUCUCUUCCAAGUGUACUACUACAGUCGCUACCCACAGAAACCCAUCUCACACACCACACACACCACCAGCGCCAAGGCCCUAUGAAACACCCUCGCUUCACACAAUGUGCUCAAAUCUAUAGUAUGAUGCAUACAUCUGCAUACAUACAGGAUCUUUAUACAGUGUCCCCAAAACGUAUUUGGGUUCUUAGGUCACACUUAAAUAUGUCUGAAUGUCAUAGACACACAACAUCAAACU